AUGGCGUCCACGACCUCAUUUGAUGUCCCAUCGUCCGUGCUUAUCGUCGGAAGUGGUGCUUUUGGCCUGUCCACUGCCUGGGCACUCUGCAGGAAUCCCCAAUACAGAAACACUUCUAUUACUGUAGUAGACAGGAAUUCGUUCCCUUCCACGGAUGGCUCAAGCGUCGAUUCUUCACGCAUCAUCCGCCCUGACUACGCCGCCGCUCCCUACGCACGCCUUGCGACCAUUGCGCAGAACCGCUGGCGCACCGAUUUCGCCCCCGAGCACUACCAUGAGACAGGUCUCUGCUUAACUGCAUCCGGCCCAGAGCAGCGAUAUGUAGGCGAUUCCCUAGCCAACGUACAAAAUAUUGGGCUCGACAAGAUAGAAGUCUUGGACUCGGCGCAAGAUAUUGGAAGAGUUUGCGGAUUAGGGCGCAGUGAGGACGAUGCAUGUGGCAGCACGGGAUACGUGAACCGGAGUUCAGGCUGGGCAGAUGCGGAAGGCGCGAUGGUCUGGCUGCGGAACGAGGUGGACAAGUUCAACAGGGUGGACUUCGUAGUUGCACCGGUCAAAAAGCUACUGUUCGAUUUUGAGAAGAACACCGUUUCGGGCGCCACUUUGAGCGACGGCUCAGAACUCCGCGCGGAUCUUACAAUCCUCGCUGCGGGUGCUUGGUCUGCCUCCCUCAUCGAUCUGCGCGGCAUCUGCAAAUCCACAGGGCAGGUCGUAUGCUACAAGCCCAUAUCCGCCGAAGAAGAAGCCGCAAUCGCGAGCCGCCCCGUAAUCCUGAACUUGUCCAACGCGCUCUUCAUGAUACCGCCGAGCAGGGGGAAACUGAAGAUUGCCAGACACGGUCACGGAUAUCUAAACCCGACUACUAUCCCCCAUCCCGAAUCACAAGACCCCAAAGAGACGAUCACUGUGUCAUUGCCGUAUACACAUGUCACCGACCCCAACCUGAUCAUCCCUGCUGAAGGCCGCCGCGCGUGCAACGCUUUCCUCCACUCCAUACAUCCUUCUCUCGCCGUGCCAUCGCGCCCAUUCACUACUACACGGAUAUGUUGGUACACCGAUACCCGCGACGGCGACUUCCUCAUCACAUACCACCCCAAAUACAAAGGCUUGUUCGUGGCGACCGGAGGCAGCGGGCACGGAUUCAAGUUCUUGCCUGUCAUUGGAGAUAGUAUUCUGGAAUGUGUGGAGGGACGGACGCCGGAAGAGUUCAAAGAGAGGUGGAGAUGGCCGGAGGAGAGGGUGCCGGAGGAACUGUGGGCAGGAGAUGGGUCGAGGGGUGGUCCGGUGGGGAUGAUCUUAGAGGAGGAGUUCAGGAAGAGUGAAUCUAAGCUGUAG